AUUCCCGAGAAUGAUAUUUAACAGUGAUACACUGUAGACUUUUGUGCACAUUCCGGCGAUGGAAUUUAUUGAGAUCUGCUGUUGACGUGUGUAAUCCUUGCAUACCGUGUUCUGGUGAUGGAAUUUAUUGCGUUUCCCUGUAGACUUUUGUAGUUUUUAUCCUACACGCUCCGGCGACGGAUUUAUCCGAGUCAGAAAUGCUCUGCUUUAAACUUUUUUAACAUUUGUACCAAAUAGUAUAUUUGCGACUAUAGGCGAUAUGGCGAGCGACAGUGAAGGCGAAGUAGAUGUUCCACGUAAUGUCGAGCAGGUACAGAUGUGGGCAUCCACAAUGAAGCUGAAUCCAAACACAGCUUCCGAAUUAAUUAGACUUGGCUUCGAUUCUAUGGAAGCGAUUUCAUUGAUUGAAAAAGAGGAUAUGCCAGCUAUUAAUAUUCCGCUCGGGCAGCAAAAAGUGUUGAUACGAGCAGUUGGAAAAACUUUCAAGGACGGUCGCGCUGAAGCUGGGAAUAUGGCGGACACGCACCCUUACGGAAAUGAAAACGAGGCUACACAGAGAACUUCCGCUAGGAUACAAAAUGGCGGCACCAGCAACCAAGAUGGCGACGGUGUAAACAACAAAGAUGGCGACGAUGUAAACAACAAAGAUGGCGGCGCCCAUACGUCAAACCCCCGAUCGGAGGAUGCCUAUGUGCAAGAGAUCCUAAAGAUGAUGUCGAGGGAGAAGAACAUUACAGGACAAUUUGUGAAUGACUCUCAUAAUUCUUCCACAGGCUCACUGGUAUCGAGGGAGGUGAGAUCACUGGAUAGUAUUGUUGCUAACUUUAGAUGUCAUACUUAUGCUGAAUCUACCAAAAAGACAUAUUUAAACUAUUUCAAGUCAUACGCAGAAUUUUGUAGAAGAUUAAAUAUUACCCUUGUUCCAUUAAGUCCUAUGAAUUUAGCCAGAUAUGUAGCCUAUUUAUCUUCAAGGUUACAAUUUAAUUCCAUAACAAAUUAUUUGUCAAUUGUGCGGUUGCUACAUUUAGAAUCAGGAGUUGCAUCUCCGAUAGAUUCCUUUUUUAUGGAGUCAGUACUCAAGGGUGCUAAACGUGUGUUAGGUGCUGCCAUACAUAGAAAAUUGCCUAUUACACCAAAAAUUUUGAAUGAGAUAUUUACUUUACUGUCAGUCAGCAGUAGUAAGGACUUGUGUUUUUGGGCAGCCUGCUUAGUGGCUUUUUUCUCCUUUUUAAGGAAGUCAAAUUUGUUUGCCCCUUCAAUUUCAGCUUUUGAUCCUUUGCGACAUUUUACUCGUGAGGAAAUCCAUUUUCACUCAGAUGGUGUCUGUUUAAAAGUACGCAAAACCAAAACAAUUCAAUUUUCAGAGCGUAUAUUAGAAAUUCCCCUUCCUAGAGUGAAGAAUUCUCAUUUAUGUCCCUCUAAGGCGCUUCUUUUAAAUUUUAAACAGGUGCCAGCAGUGUCAGCCCCCUCACCUGUCUUCCUGUAUUUAGUACGAGGCAAGGUUAUCCCUCUUACAUAUACAGCCUUUGUAAAAAUGCUAAAACAGAACUUAUCUAGGUUGGGUUAUGACAGCAGCAAAUAUUCGGGACAUAGUUUUCGCAGAGGAGGGGCCUCCUUUGCCUUAGAAUGUGGGGUUCCAGCUGAUCUCAUACAAUCACAGGGUGAUUGGAAAUCUAAUGCAUACAAAUCAUACUUGGAUCCUUCUUUUGCACACAGACAGGAAGUCAUGAACAAAUUUGCAGUUGCCCUGGGGAAAUAAUAAACCAUUUAACCUACCUUCUACUGGUUACACCACACAUGUUUGGGAAGUUUGGAAUACCACAGAUUAUUAAUUAAUUAAUUUGUGUAUUGUUUUCAAACUGUACUGUUGUUUGUGUUUUAUUAAUAUGAAAUUUAAGCAUUAAACUGUGGUUCUUUUCCCAAACAUGUCUUUGUUUUACACUAGUAACCAUCUGGAUUCACAGGUUUCCUGACUGGAUUCCGAUCAGAGUUAGACAUUAACAUGCAUCUGAUCUGAGACUGGUCUAGAUUCCAACAGCAUAUAUACACAUACACACUAUACACAUACACAGGGGGGAGGGAAAUGGGUGGGGCCGUUUUCAAAGUGAUGUGGAUUAAUGUGAUAUUUUUAUUAACAAGAAAAAUGGAUUAUUAAUACACAGCAUGUUGACAUGUAUCAUCGCACAUGCAUUACCUGUCCUUAUUGCCGAUUGGGUAUUUUAUUUCAGCUUAUAUCUAUUAAUAACAACCAAUGAUAUAAGGAAUUCCCUACUGGCCACUCUUGACAUCUCGCUCUCUAAUUGCUUUGUGAGAUGUGGGAAGGGAACCAAUCAGAACAAGGCCCUUAUUUCAAAUUAUCCAAUCGGCAGAGAUAAUUAAUUAAUUAUCAUCCUUUUGUUUUAAUUACUGCGCGCCUCAUUUAGGCAUUCUAGAUAAUACAACUGCAUGAAGCAGACGCAUUGCAAUUUGGCAUUAGCGAAUUUAAAAUCCCAUCCUCACCCACCCUAUUUUAUUUUUAAUUUUUAUUGAGAUGUUUAGGUUGCUUCAUCAACUAAUUAUAGAUAUAUAAUUGAUUUAAUUUAACUGUAUAUUUUAUAAAUGUGUAGAGUAGAUUAUAUUACAAGAACACACAGUUUUGGUUUCAUAUUAUAAAUGUAAUAUUCCCUUGAGUGGAAUACCACAGAUUAUUAAUUAAUUAAUUUGUGUAUUGUUUUCAAACUGUACUGUUGUUUGUGUUUUAUUAAUAUGAAAUUUAAGCAUUAAACUGUGGUUCUUUUCCCAAA